CGCCCGCCCGGCCCGUCCCUCCGCGUUGCCGGGGCAGCGGGGCCGCGGAGCGGGGCAGGUCCUUGUGAGUGGACACCAUGCCUCUUCGAGAAACCAUGUUCUGUGCUCAGCAGAUCAAAAUCCCCCCGGAGCUACCCGAUAUUCUGAAGCAAUUUACUAAAGCUGCUAUUAGGACUCAGCCUUUUGACGUUUUGCAGUGGGCUGCUGCGUAUUUUUCAGCCUUAUCUAAAGGUGAACCCCUUCCUGUGAAGGAGAGGCUCGAAAUGCCAUUAGCAGCAGGGAAAAAAGAUGCUGGUUUGACCCCAGGACUUCUUAAGGUCUUGCACAAACAGCUUUCUUCCAAAGGCAUGGUGACCAUUGCAGAACUGAGGGAAAAAUGGAAGCAUUUGGGCUUGCCAGAGGAGCAGCUGGAAGCUAUUCUGCAAUUGGACAGUUUUGGCGAGCAGGUGGAAUGGAUGAAGUUUCUGGCACUUGGGUGCAGCGUGCUUGGUGGGUCCUUACUGAGUUCAAUGAAACAGGCCUGUGAGAUCCUAACAAGAGACCCAGAAGGCGGAGCAGCUCGAAUUCCCUUCGAAACAUUCUCGUUUCUUUAUUCGUAUUUGGCCAGUAUUGAUGGAGAGAUAUCAGAGACAGAAAUUAAUGCAUUCCUCGAUGGAAUUAAAGAACAAGCGGACAAACACUCUGGCAUGGUGCUGAUCAGACACUUCCUGCCAUACUCCUUCAUAUUUUAUUGAUCAACUUUACUCUUCAGCAUGAGGUGAGAGGAAAAAUAAAAGAAGGAAUAAAUAAGUUCAAGAAAAUAAUUUGUGUUCAAAGUACCAUAAUUUGCACAUUUCAGAACAACAUGAUCCUCUUCUCUGGCGUUUCCUUUUCUUUGUCCUGCUCUUGAGAUGGCCCUUCAGGGCAUGUUCAUUGAACAAUCCAUGGUUAUAUUGUUCUCCAGCCUCUCAGAUACUGAUGGCCACCCCUAGGGUGCGAUGCCUUCACUCAUCUGCUUAUAUUGAAUUGAGCUAAAGUUGUUUUGUUACUGAGCUUCCUACUGAUUGAUAACUGAUUAAGUAAAACAUGGAAUUGAGUUAAGCCAGGGCAGCUGUAGGCAGCUGUAACUGGAGCAUUUCUCAUUAUGUUUCUGGUAGCUCUGACUUCGACUCUGGCACAAAUACAGCUGGUCCUCGGACUACCUUGUCUGCCUGGACAUGCUCUAUUUAAACUGUUUUACCAGAAAGAACUUAAUGAGAACCCUGUGGCUCAGCUGGUAGACAAAACGAAUGCAAGGACUACAGUGGUUCCAUAUUGUUUUCCCUCUUAAUUAGAACCCUUUCAGAAUUUAAAUACCUUUUUUCAUUUUUGGAUAAACUUGACUAAAUAAAGAUGUUUUAAAAUAUAUUUUGUUUUCUGACAGGUAAAGCUACCACAUCUGUCACCUAGGCAAGGAAUACCUGACACAGAGUUGUUUGGUUAGACUGCUGUAGCAGAUAUAGAAGCCUGAAUCCAUCAAAACUACACCAAAUAUUUACUCACAGAUAAUCACACUUAAUUGCAGAAAUAACUGAGGUAUGAAAGAGGAUACUAGAGGCUACUAGACAGGAGCAACAUGAAGUGCCCUCUCUUGGCACAUAAAACAAACAAAAGUAUUAAAGUAUUUUAGGAAAGAUGGAUCUUGUUCUCUUAUAGUUGUUGAGGCAAGAAGCUUGGCUGAUGGUGACCUUGCUGAAGCAGAUUGUGUGAGGAAUUAACAGAACUGGACAUCCUUAAUAUCUAUCUACAUGCUUUAAGUCUGUUUUAUCAACCUGUAUCACAAACAUUUGUAUGUUAGUCCACAGGAUGGGAAGUCUUCCUAGUUAUCGCUGGAAGGAAAUGCACCUGCUGUUUGAAUAUGGUACUCAGCAAUAUUCCAGGUGUCCUUGGUGCCUCCCUGCUAGCUUCUUUGGAAAGCUACAUUCUCAUCACCUUUGCCAGAUGAUAUUGAUCCGAAUUUUCUUCAAGCAUGAGCUUGGGAACGCUAACUUUUGUGUUACUGUCCAUUUAACACCAGCUGCAGUUGAAGAAGAUGUUUUAUCCUGCUGGAGAACUCUGCAAUCUGCCCUCUGGUACAUGCUGUAGGUAGGCAAUGUCACCUAGAGGUAACAGUGUUAGGUAGGAAG